AUGAACCAGACCCUGGUCACCCAGUUCCUCAUUCUGGGAUUCUCAGAAACGCCUGGGCUGCAAAUACUGCUCUUCCCCGCCUUCCUUCUCCUCUACAUGGUGGCCCUCUCUGGAAACCUGCUCAUUGUGCUGCUCAUCGGCUCCAGCCCUGCCCUGCACACCCCCAUGUACUUCUUCCUGGUCAACCUGGCCGCGGUGGACAUCCUCUGCACCUCCACGAUCCUCCCCAAGCUGCUGGGCAGCAUGGUGGCUGGCAGGACCAUCUCCUUCGGGGGCUGCAUGGCCCAGCUCUUCUUCUUCACCUGGUCCCUGGGGGCUGAGCUGCUGCUCUUCUCCGCUAUGGCCUUAGACCGCUAUGUGGCCAUCUGCCGGCCCCUGCACUACGGUGCCCUCAUGGGCCCCGGGGUGUGCGUGCUCUUGGCCUCGGCCGUGUGGGCAGUCAGCCUGACCAACACCACGGUGAACACGGCCUUCACGGGGCGCCUGCCCUUCUGCGGCUCCAACGUGGUUGAGCACUUCUUCUGCGAGAUCCCCCCGCUGCUGAAGCUCUCCUGUGCCCCUACUCGCCUGAACGAGGCCAUGGCCUUCACUGCGGAUGUGGUCCUGGCCCUGGGGAGCUUCUCCGUGACCAUGCUCUCCUACGGCUGCAUCAUCGCCAGCAUCCUGCGCAUCCGCUCGGCCGCGGGCCAGCGGCGGGCCUUCUCCACCUGCUCCUCGCACCUCCUGGUGGUGUCCAUGUACUACUCCACCGUCGUCUACACCUACAUCCGCCCCGCGUCCAGCUACGCGCUCGACAAGGACAAGGUGGUGUCGGUGGUCUACACUUCAGUGGCGCCCUCCCUGAACCCGCUCAUCUACUCGCUGAGGAACACGGACGUCAAGGCCGCCCUCAGGAGAGUGCUCUCCCGCAGCCGCGGGACCACGGAACCGGCUCUGGAGCCGCCGCCCCCUAGGGCCUCGGGAAGCCCCUUACCUUCCCAGACCCUCGGCGUCCUGCUCUGUACCAUCAAGGGGUGA